CCCGUCUCCAUGACGCCGGCGACGAAAUCAUCGAGCUUCUCCAAGAGGCUUUAGGCAAUAGUAUUUCUGACAGCCAGUACCCAUCUAGCAAAGUAUAUAAUCGACCUCAUGGGUUUUUCUGUGGAAUAUGCUUCACGUGUAUCUAUGGAAUCGCCUACGACUGUUCCAUUUGCCAGAACUUCCUGGCCUGUCGAAAGUGCUAUGGUCAGAUAGACAUUUACUUGGGCGACCAGCCGGUCCCUGGACCUGACGCGCAUGUUCACAAGUUCCAAUUAUGGGACAGCGGCGAGCCAGAAUUUCAGGAUACCUGGCCGACUUCGCCUUCUGACGUUAACGAGUGGUCGAGCCAAGGGCCGGACAAUCACGCUGGCAGUGACGCGAAUGAUCUUAUUUUAGAAGAUCCUCCUGGGUCUGUCGGCAGUAGCACAGCAUCUGGAUCUAAGAAUCACGAUGAUAGGUGGUAUAAUA